AUGUGGCUCACGUACAUCAGCUUCGCCGCUGCGGCGACCAUCGCAGCUAGUAUCAUCUACAACCUUUUCUUACACCCUCUUGCCGGCAUACCAGGUCCUCUAUUAGCUCGUAUUACACCCCUCUGGAUUUUCUGCCAGUGCAAGAACAAUCGUCGCCCAAACCUCGAUCUUCAACUCCACCAGCAAUAUGGCAGCGUCGUGCGUAUCUCGCCGAAUGAAGUCAUCUUCUCGAACCCGGCGUACUUCAAAACCGUCUAUGGCGCAGGCAGUUCACGCGCCUGGGGUCGGAGUCCCUUCCUCACCGUGCACAACCAAUUCGCCCGCGACUACGACCGCCUGAACAUGCUCCUCGAAAGCGACAUGGACAAACUCCGUUUCCAACGCCGCGUCUUCGGCCCGGUGUACUCCACAGCCAACGCCCGAAAACACGAAGAGCUCAUCGACAACAACGACCGUCGGUUCGCCGCUCGACUGCAAAGUCUUGCUGGCCAAGUCAUGGAUUUCUACGUCGAGCUCGAGUACCUCGGCGUGGAUAUCUACUGUGAGAUGACGUUUGGGGAGGCGUUUGGAGCGGUGGAACGCGGCGAUGACGGGGGACAGAUGGAGUCGAUGGCGAAACGGUGGAGUUGGAUUGGGUAUAUUGGGUUUAUUCCUUGGUUGUGUGCGUUGCAGCAUGAGUUGAUGAAGAGGAAUGUGCCCUUUUCGCAGUUUAGGUGUCCGUUCCCGGUGCAUGCGGUCCCCACGAUUGAAGACACCAUCACCCCUUGCAUCCUCGACGAUCUUCAAAUCGUAAGCAAGACCAAGUCUGGCGUUGGACGAUCAUGGGCUACAGAUAUGGCCAUGACCAACAUCGGUGCCGGCAUCGACACGACCUCGUGGACUCUAGCUGCUGUCGUCGCCACAGUCGGUUCUAACCCCUCAGCAUACGAAAAGCUCCAGACUGAGCUCGAAGAUGCCGUCAAAUCUGGCUUGAUCAAGAAAAACACCCCAGUGCCCUACGACGCCACUCUAUCUCUCCCUUAUCUACAGGCAUGCGUGAACGAAGCUAUGCGCCUCUACCCCAACGUCGCCGUCUCCCUAGCCCGAAUUGUCCCGCAAGAAGGAAUCGUCCUCGACGGGUACUACAUCCCACCGAAGUACAUUGUGGGCAUGAACUCCAAACAACUCGGCCUCAGCGAGGAAGUCUUUGGCGCCGACACCUCGUCCUUCAUACCCGAGCGUUGGUUAGAAGCUAGCAAAGAACAGCUGGGCGAGAUGGAGAGUCGGAAUCUAGGGUUUGGAGGCCCGAGUAGGAAGUGUCCAGGGAAGAAUGUGGCUUGGGUGGCUAUGGCUAAAAUACUAGCGGGGUUGUAUUUGAAUUUCGAGGUUGAGGUGUUGAACAAGCUUGGUGGUGAGGAGGGGCCGGGUGGGAGGAGGUGGAUUGAGUUGGGGAGUUUUCCGACGAAGUGGGAGGGGAUGGAGGUGAGGGUGCAGCCUCGAUAG